GCUCGACCACCGCUUCAUAGUUCUGCUCUCUUUUCAUUCCUUUUUCCACCCAAACACGUAACAAACCAACAAUAAUCCACUCCAGUCGCCUCUCUGCCUCCUCUGAAGUUGCGCUCGUGCUCUGCUUCGGUUCCGAGGAGCGGCCAUUGCUGCUGGCAUAUUGAUGGCGAUGGAGGGAUCAAUUCGAUGCCGUCCUGCGAUGCAAGCAAAACUGCCGGCUGCGCUGAUCAGCAACUCCCUGACCAAAUCUGGGCAGCUUGGAACUGCAUUAUUUGGUGCCAUGUGUAAAUACAGGAACACUACUAGAUUCAUUUCUCCAAUAUCUCGCCCGUCCGUGAAGAAUUCCAGUCAUAUUUGCUGUAGCUUCAGCUCAUCUUCUGAUGGUAAUGGAUACAUGGCCGGAAACUUCAGUGAGAGUGAUGAAGAUUAUGUCAAUUCUACCGUGCUAGAAGCAGCCUUACUAGCUGAUGAAGGAAAUAUGUUUGAAGUGAGAAGUGGGUCAGAAGGAUAUAUAAUCAAGAUGCGAGAUGGGAAAAACUUGCGAUGUGUGCAUGCUAAUUCUCAAGGGAGAAAUAUUCCAGAGAGUGCACCACAACCUGCUAUUGUUUUGAGGAUUGAAGAUGGAAGUGAAACUUUACUUCCAAUCAUUGUUUUGGAGAUGCCAAGCGUACUUCUGAUGGCAGCUAUUCGCAGUGUCCACAUUGCACGACCUACCAUAUAUCAAGUUGUCAAGGAAAUGAUUGAUAAGAUGGGUUAUGAGGUAAAACUUGUUCGGGUAAACAAAAGAAUUCAAGAAGCAUACUGUGCCGAACUUUAUCUAACAAAGAAACCACCUGUACUGCAGAUUGAAGAUCCUACAGACAGUAUCACCUUCGAUCUUCGACCUUCAGAUGCUAUUAACAUUGCUGUUCGCUGCAAGGAACAGGUUCCUAUACAAGUCCAUAGAAGUCUUGCAUACAGUGAUGGCAUAAGACCAGUCGUGCCAGCAAGAACGGCGGUAGCAGCUGGCCUAUCAGAGGGGUUGUUGUUUACAGAACUUGACAGACCUGAUGGACAGCCAUGCGUCGAGGCUCAAGAGUUUGGAUUAGUGCGGAACAUGCUCAUUGCAGCUGUUGAAGAGAGAUACAAAGAUGCAGCAUUAUGGAAGGAUAAACUUAUGCAGCUGAGGUCUAAGCGGAAUAACUGGGCAUGACAGCGUGGCUCAUCUGGAUGGUGUAAAUAAAGAUGAUGACCUGCUGAAUUCCAGUGUGCAUACCAGAUGACUGAUGCUUACUAUGGUUCUAUAUAUGUAACUAGCUGUACAUAUUAUAUAUUUGGAUCUAAGAACGCUUCUGUAAAUUCAGACUAAGGUUCGAAGUAAAAACUAAUCCAUUUGGAAAACAAAAA